AUGGCUACCCAAACGGAACAGGCGCGUUAUGAGCAUGCCAUCGAGCAUCUUAACAGAGCCAUUGAACUGAAAGUGGAUUUCGUCGCUGCCUAUAUCCGCCGCGGCAAUUUUCACCGUAACAUGGACAAGUUUGACCUCGCAAUUGAGGACUAUAACACCGCGAUCAGGCUGACUGGAUCGCCUGCUGAGGCAUACUACAAUCGCGGGGUGGCUUACGGCAUGAAAGGUGAGGUUGACAAAGCAAUAGAUGACUUCACCCAAGCGAUACAAUACGAACCGGACUACGCUGAAGCGUAUUACCAACGCGGCAACGCUUAUUUUAUUAAAGACGAGUUUGAUCUUGCUAUUGAAGACUGUGACAAGGUAGUACAGCUUAAUCCUGAUGCUGCUGAUGCCUAUCUAGUUCGCGGUAAUGCCUACAGCAGCAAAGAUGAAGUUGACAGAGCUAUUGCAGACUAUAGCAAGGCGAUACGGCUCAAGCCAGAUUUUGCUGAUGCCUACGUUGUUCGUGGCAAUGCUUAUGGCAGCAAAGGUGAGCUUGAUUUAGCUAUUGCAGAUUAUACACAGGCACUGGAACUGAAACCGAAUUAUGUUGAUGCCUAUAUUGUUCGCAGUCACAUUCACGUCCUUAAACGCGACUUUGAUGCAGCUAUUGCAGACUGUGAGAAAAUGAUUGAACUUAGACCUAAUGCUGCCGAUCCUUACGUCACUCGUGCAACUGCUUAUAGCCUCAAAAAUGACUUUGAUGCAGCUAUUACAGACUGUGAAAUAGCGAUAGAACAUAAUCCGAGUGCUGCCGAUGCAUAUCUCAUUCUCGGCAUGGCUUUCAGCAGCAAAGGCGAAAUUGACUCGGCUCUAGUCAACUAUACAAAAGCAAUAAAAUUGCAUCCCAAUUACCUCAAUGCGUAUUAUGAACGAGGCAGUGCUUACAGCAGUAGAGGUGAAUUUGACAAAGCCAUAACGGACUAUACGAAAGUGAUAAGACUAAAUCCACAUCACAUCGGGUGCUAUUUUGAUCGCGGUAUCGCCUACAGUGAAAAAGGUGAUUUUGAUAAGGCUGUCACAGACUAUACCACAGUCCUCAAACUCCGGCCCGACCAUAUUCCAGCCUAUGUCAAUCGUGGCAACAUUUACGGGACAAAAGGCGAAUCUGAUUUAGCCAUCGCGGAUUAUACUAUGGCAAUGCAACUUAACCCAUUGUUGGAGAUAUCGUAUUAUAAUCGUGGUAACGUUUAUGAUUUUGAGAAGCAAAUCGGUGUUAAAUUACCUGAUGACAUCGCUGCUAUGUUAAUGCAACAGGAGGAAAAGACUCGAACCCAAUCUGUGAAGGAAAAUCUACUUGGCCCCUCAAGCGAGGUUGAUCGUCGCUCAUUUGAAGAAAUCGCGGAAAUGCGGGCCCAGCAAGCAAGAUCGAAUCCAAAUCCUAUCCACAUCUAA